GAAUGCAUCUUAUUGGUUUACUAGCGGCAUGAUGCCACUGGGCAGCCCUUUUUAAGAGAAAAGCCAGGAACAGUGGAAAGAGCUUUUGUACAGUCUCCCUGUUGUGAGGAAGUGGAAAUCUGUGAGCUGUCAUUUCAAAACAAAUAUGAGUGAGAGACAAGGUACUGGAGCAACAAAUGGAAAAGACAAGACAUCUGGUGAGAAUGGGUCUUCAGCUGUGCUGGUUUCAAGCAAAGUUUCUCUGGAAAUAUCAUCAGCUACUACUACAGAUGGACAAAAGAAAGUUCAAGAGGACUUUGACAUAGACAUGGAUGCACCAGAGACAGAACGGGCUGCCGUGGCGAUACAGUCGCAGUUCAGAAAAUUCCAGAAGAAAAAGGCAGGAUCCCAGUCUUAGUAGCUACCUCAUAGUUUAAAGUGGUAGUUCUGAGGUGAUCUGUCUGGAAAUUAAUAAAUAAAACUAAGAUGCAUGUACAGAAUAUUUAAAACCCUAUUGGCAGGUAUAUAACAAUGAGCUUGUGUGUGACUUCAUCCUUGUGAUUAUCUCCAGUCCCUGUUCUUCUGUAACUCACCAUUUUACUUGAUGUUGUAAUAAAAAGUUAGGAUGAAGUAAUUAAA